AUGUCUCAAGAAUGUUCUUUCUCGAUGGAGGAUCUUCAGUGUCCGGUGUGCUGUGAGGUUUUUGAUAUCCCCGUCAUCCUGAGUUGCAAACAUAGCUUCUGCAAAACCUGCAUUCAGACACACUGGGAUCGUAUGGGAACACGGCAAUGUCCUCUGUGCCGCCGUACAGAGAGCUCAUCCAGGCCUCCAAUCAAUAUGGCUCUAAAGUUAGCCACGGAUGUCUUCAAAAAGAAGCCAGAGCAGUUCAUGGCUAAAUCGGUGGAACGCUGCACAAGACACAAUGAGCAAUUGAAGCUUUUUUGUCGGAAAGAUGCAGAACUUAUCUGCAUUACUUGCACGUCAUCAAGGAGUCACAAAAAUCAUGAGUACUGCCCGAUAGCUGAGGCAGCAUCAGACAUAAUGAAAGAGCUCACAAAUAGAUACAAUCCUUUGAAAAAACAACUAACCACCUUUGAAAAAUUAAAGGAGAGCUUGGUGGAACUGGAAACAUACAUACAGAAACAAGCUGCCGAGAUUGCUGCUGAAGUAAAACUAGAGUAUGAAAAGUUACAUAUAAUCCUGAGGGAGGAGGAGGCAGCUCGUCUCAUUGUACUUCAAAAUGAGAGAGAGAGCAAGACAGCGCUGGUGAGAGAGAAACUGGAGGAGGUCAAUAAGAGCAUUGAAGAGCUCUCUGACAUCACCAGAUACAUAGAGCCCAUCAUAAUAACGGAUGAUUUCACAUUUUUAAAGGAAUGUAAGGAGGCAAUAAAACGGACUAGCUACACUGCUCCUGAAACAGAAUAUCCAAAAAAGGCACUUAUAGAUGCGUUUCAGUACCUUGGAUCAUUAAAGCACAAAGUCUGGAAAAGAAUGGAAAGAGAUGUACAUCACUCCUCUGUCAAUUUCGAUCCAAACACAGCACACCCUAACUUGAUCAUCAAAGAUGAACUCACCACAAUCACCUAUGGGAAAAAACAGCAGCUUCCUGAUAACCCUGAACGCUGCACAAGCCGCAUGGCAGUACUCGCUGCAAACAGCUUUGAUUCAGGAAAGCAGCGCUGGUAUGUAGAGGUGGCAUACAGCAAAGAGUGGUACAUUGGGGUGGCACGAGAGUCAAUAAAGAGGAAGACCGCAGUUUUUCUCAACCCAAAGGAGGGUUUCUGGGUAAUUUCAAACAAUGAGGAAUCAUACUGGGCCCAGACCUCUCCCCGCACACGACUAACCCUGAAAAAAACCCCACAGGUAAUCACAGUUGAACUGGACUAUGAUAAAGGAAAGGUUUCCUUUUCUGACGGUGUAGAUGGUAGCAGUAUUUACACAUUUAAAGAAAAGUUUACUGAGAGAAUCUUUCCUUAUUUUGCCACUGGGAUAAAGGAGGGGAGCACACUUAGAAUCUGUUUUUAAUAUUCAGAUAAUGGGAUACAAAAACACUACAUUAAU